UCGUUCUGUCACUGUCAAAUGUAGAGCAGGCGACCAUUGGGGACAAGGUAGCGUUGAACAGAAGAGAGAGAGAGAUAGAGAGAUAGAGAGGACAGUAAGUCGCGUAUUGCCGCAACAUUUUCUUGUGCGUGCAUCAUUAUAAACUUAGUGCCAGCCAGGUCUUCUGUAUUAAUUAUUGCAUGUGUAGAGCAGAUCAUCCAGCGUUGGACUGGCAUCUGGUUACGAAAGAAACGGGACGGCACCAGUGGAAAUACUAUCUGAAAACUCCAUUAGCCUUGCUUCGUUCGUUUUACAAUUGCCAGCAGUCACAGUCACAGCAGCCUAUUUCCGAGGACGCGAAUCGCGAUCACAGGGACCGCUGGAGAAGUCUCACGUUUUAUCGUUUGAUUUAUAGACUGGUCACUGUAAUUUACGCAAUAGCCUAGUUUUCUGGACUCCUUGUACAUUUUUUUUUCUUUGGUCCAAAGUAGUCCAUGCAAGCCUAGUUGCUAUACCAUUUUUUAAAGAAACCUACGUGACAGACAGAUUCAAUCAUUACUCUCAAAAGGGACAAACGAGGGACCAUGGUGAAUCCUGGAGGUAGCAGCCAGCCCCCUCCGGUGGGAGCAGGGUCCCUGUCCUGGAAGAGGUGUGCGGGCUGCGGGGGGAAGAUCGCUGACCGCUUCCUUCUCUAUACCAUGGACAGCUACUGGCACAGCCGAUGCCUUAAGUGCUCCUGCUGCCAGGCCCAGCUGGGGGAGAUAGGCACCUCCUGUUACACCAAGAGCGGCAUGAUCCUCUGCAGAAACGACUACAUCAGGUUAUUUGGGAACAGUGGGGCAUGCAGUGCUUGUGGCCAGUCCAUUCCAGCCAGUGAACUGGUCAUGAGGGCACAAGGCAAUGUGUACCAUCUCAAGUGUUUCACGUGUUCUACCUGCCGGAACCGGCUGGUCCCAGGGGACAGGUUCCACUACAUCAACGGCAGUCUGUUCUGUGAACACGACAGACCCACAGCACUCAUCAAUGGACAUUUGAGUUCACUGCAGACAAACCCACUACUGCCCGACCAGAAGGUGUGUUAGGAGUAAGGUGUGCAAGAAGCAGGAUGCGUGCCUUCAUUUUAACCCUAGCUUAUUGUCACCCACUACUUUCUGGAUCCCUGUACCAUCCCCCCUGCCCUGCCCUGCCCUGCCCCCAGCCCCUCCCCCCCUGCUCUCCAGGCACCCAGACUCUUACCUGAGCCCCCAGGCAGCCUCCUCAAUCUACCAAGACCCCCGCUUCUCUCUGUACAACACCCGCCCUCAUCCCCCCCUACUCCCUUUUAUGGGAGGACAUACCCCCGCUUCUCUCUGUACAACACCCACCCUCGUCCCCACCCUAACUCCCUUUUAUGGGAGGACAUACCCCCUCACGCUUAUGAUACGCCUGAGAUGUGAUUCUGAGGACUCCAUGAUUCUGACACUGGACUAAAAGGAGACUUGAUCAGAACUGGAGGGACACUGAGAAAGAGAGGAAGAGGAACCGAUUUGAGGAUGGACAGAACGAGACAAAGAAAGAGAGAAAAAUACAAAAUGAAGCUAAUCAAGUUGCGGUUGUUUUUCAAAUCUGCACACAGUUGUACAUUUGUUUUUGUUUUUAGUAUCGGGGAAAGAAACGACUGUCUCCUUUUAAUGUAUCCCUCUUCUUUUUACCUCCUACUUGCCUUCCAACCUGAUAUUCGCUUGUUCAUUAUUUGAAGUGUUGUGAAGAGACUGUGUUUCUAUUUUGGUGGUAUAUAAAACAAGACUAGGUUAAAAAGUAUCCGUGGCUUUUUUGUGGAAACGUAAUACCAUUAUGAUGAGCAUUCUCUUGGUGUAUUUGUAAAACUACCAUGUAUGUAUGCAUGUAAAUGUUUUUGUCCUGACGUGGCUCACAGUACAUUCUGCUCCUGACACAGCCUAAUGGACCAUACAGACCAUAACGAAUGUGGGCCGUGUGCAGCAGGUGUCUGUCCUAUCGCCUCUAACCACGGCCGUCAGUUUCUGUUCAUUUACCGACGAUUCUACAUGUAGAAUCACCACCGCUCAUCGACACCUAGCAGAUGAUCUACUGCACACAGCCAAUGUUGGUGUUGGUCUUUCCUGUCCUUAACCCCGACUCCUCUCCUCGCAACCUAAACCUGAACCUGAACCUAAACCUAAACCUGAAGCUGAACCUGAACCUAAACCUGAACCCAAGGCUUAACAAAAGAAAGAUGUUCAGAGUCACUAAUGUAGAGAUUUUCACCAACCCUAUAAAUUCAUGAAUGAAAGAAAAAUCUAUUUGUGAUAUUUUCAGAGACAUUUGCUCCAGUAUGGUGUAUUUGAUUAAUAAAAAUAAUUAUGAUACAGAAAA